AUGCAGUCAAUGCAAGCCUGUGCAACAAUUCCUAGUCCUUACUUGAGAAAGAAAGAGCGCAGUUACUCAUGGUCACGUGGUGGUAUCCAUGACAACCGACAGGGAGUAACCAAUCACAAGCGAGUACGUCUCAACGUGAGCGGCCUCAUUUUCGAAACAUUUGAGAGCACCUUUGACCGUUUUCCCGAAACACUACUCGGCUCUCACGAGAAGCGUACGAAGUACUACGACCCGAUCCGAGACGAAUACUAUUUGGCGCGGGACAAACACACGUUUGACGCGAUCCUUUUUUACUACCAAUCCAAGGGUAUCUUAUGCCGACCGGAAGAUGUACCCAGCGACGUUUUCAACGAGGAACUAAAAUUCUACGAAAUUAACGACAGGCGAUUUCCAAUUUUAAACAAAGUUAUAGAAUCUAAUACGAAAAAACACCCAAGCGAGCAAACAUUCAGAGAAAGAGGCUGGGAAUUAUUGGAAAAUCCAGAAUCAAGUACAUUUGCACAAUAUUUGGGUUAUUUUUCCAUACUCAUAAUCACUCUAUCGCUCAUAACGUAUUGCCUCGAAACAGUUCCCGCAUUAAAACCGCAGAAAAUCAAUUGGUUCCUCAUGGAGUGUGUGUGGAUCACGUGGUUCACAAUGGAAUUAAUUUUACGUUUUUGUUUCACACCAAAUCGAUUCCGGUUUUUAGUGUCGCCGUUCGGCUUGGUGGAUUUGGUCGCCGUUUUACCGUUUUAUUUAACGCUUUUUCUGCCAAGCGACGAGGGAGCGACAUCUUUUGCGGUGCUACGGAUUCUACGAGUCGGGCGCUGUCUACGAUUGUUCAAAUUAUCGCGCUACCAUUGUGCUCCGAUGCUUUUCGCCGCAGCAAUGAAAGAUUGCCAAGAAAAACUCCGCGCGCUUGCCUUGUGCAUCUUCAUCACGGUGAUACUGUUCGGAAGCUCAAUGUACUAUAUCGAAGGCCUCAGUGAAGAUUCUCAAUUCGAGAGUAUCCCUGAUACAUUCUACUACGUCAUCAUCACCAUGGUUACAGUGGGUUAUGGCGACUACGUUCCGAAAACAGUCCUGGGACGCAUUCUGGGCGCGUUCUGUGCUUUUUCAGGAGUUAUAGUAUUGUAUUGCUUCCCGACGCCGAUAAUUGUCGUGCGAUUUGUGCAGUUGUAUAAGGAACAUGUUAUCAGCGAGAUGGAAAAGUCUGGCAUAGAUCCGACGGAGUUUGAGAAUAAAUUCAAUGCUGAUAAACUAUUUCUCGCUAGCCGAAAGAAACGCUUAGAUAAAUAA